AUGGGAGUUCCCAAUGACAUAUCAGCUAAUUCUGGUGCGACUCCAUAUUCCGUGAUCGAUGGUUCCCAAGAAGCCACUCGAAAGUUACAGCAAUUAGUCGGUGGUGGGCUUCCCUCGGAGGUGUUGAAACACCUAGAAGAUGUUACUUAUACAACUGCAACUGAUGGCACUCAAAUAUAUUUCCCUUGUCCCUUUAAGGAAACAGAAGCCACAGUUGCAUUAAAAUCAGUAGAAGCAAGCAUUGUGGCUGCCAUUGCAGACCUUCGCUAUGGAGAACAGAAAAGGAGGAUUGAGAUCAAUCUUGAGCAGACUGCUACUUUCUUAUUCUCUACCUACAUCGCUACAAUUGCUGGCAUGAACAAACAGCAUCCCGAUGUCAAAUCAAAGCUGAAAGACACAGAUUUACUCAAAGCACAAGCUAUCUUGUAUCGGAGACUUUCAGCAAACCUUUAUGAGACGAAAAAUCCAGGGGAAUAUUUUCAUAUCCAUGGAUCAUUGGAAGCCGGGAAGACAUUGAACAUGAUUGGACUGGAAGCACAUCGGCCGGAUCUUACAGAUUAUCGGGAAUGUAUCAACGUUAUAGAAAAACAUGUCAAGCAAUAUACUGCUGCAGACUUGGAAGUGAUGAAUGCUGAGAUACAUCAGGCUGGUGUAACAGCAUUGAAAUGGGAAGAUUUCAAAAAAACAAGCCAUGGUCAAACAAUUCUUGGCCUACCUCCAUGGCAACUUGGUAAACUUCAGGAUGAUUCUCCAUCAUGCCCAUUUCCAAAUGUGGCUCCCGUGACGCCAACCUCAAAACCCCAAGUAUUAUCUGGUAUUCGUGUCUUGGAACUCUGUCGAAUUAUUGCAGGACCUGCAAUGGGUCGAACACUUGCUGAAUAUGGUGCCCAAGUUAUCAAAGUUACAUCUCCUAACCUCUCCGAUGUUCCAUUCUUCCAAGUCGAUGGAAACACCGGCAAACAUACCGCAGAUAUUGAUCUGAAAACUCCAGAUGGUCGCGCCAUCUUUGAAGAAUUGUUAAAAUCUGCAGAUGUAAUUCUUGAUGGAUAUCGACCAGGAGCUUUGGAGCGAUUAGGAUACGGGCCAGAACAAAUCGUGAAGUUGAUUGAAGGAAGGGGCAAAGGAAUCGUUUAUGUCUCCGAAGAUUGUUUUGGCUACCAAGGGGAGUGGGCAGGUAGACCUGGUUGGCAACAGAUAGCAGAUUGUGUCACUGGUGUCGCUUGGGCUCAAGGUCAAUUCAUGGGCCUUGACGAACCUGUUGUGCCUCCGUUCCCAAUGUCUGAUUACGGAACUGGAUGUAUGGGCGCUAUUUCUGCUCUAAUAGGGUUGUAUAAAAGAGCCAAGGAAGGAGGUAGUUGGAGAGGCACCACUAGCUUGUGUCAAUAUGAUGUGUUUUUGUUAGGAUUAGGAUUAUAUGGGGAUGAUAUAAAGGCCAAGGUUAGGAAGGAUCACGAUGACCAUUUCUUCGACCUUAGGCAUUCAGAUAGUGUGGAUGAAGUAGGUGGAAGAGCAUUGAAGAGCAUGCGCCGAGCUCAUCCAGAAUUGUUCGACGAGAAAAACAUGCAAAAGGCAUAUAGCAAGGGUUUCAAGGAGGAGAUUCGAUGGUGUAGAAGUCCAGUUACUAUUGAAGGUUUAAGAGUUGGAUUUGACAGAGCCAGUCGUCCAAAUGGAUAUGAUACACCAACAUGGGAUGGUUGGGAGAUUGAAGAGGAAGUUGUCGAAGGAUAA